CACCGGCAUGCAGAAGCAUGACCUCAGAAAAGAACUCACGUCUGUCUGAUCCAUGCAUAGCAAAGUGCUCAGGCAGAUCAGUGUCUGUCUAUGCACAUACGUAGACCCAUUUCGCCACUUCGUCGGUCGGUCGGUAGCUCGCUACGGCCGACACCCACGCCUUGUGUCGUUAUCUAUAUCGCCGGGUCUAUGUCUCCGUCAUCUCCGUCAUACCAUUCGAACCGUGGGGCCGAAUGCUGGUCCUGCCAUCCCCUGGUCUUCCUCUCUUUGUGCGCGCGUGACGCCCAUGGCCUGGAGGACGCUGACGCCCAAAUCACCCAGGAUGGAGUUUGGGGGGGCAGCAGCUGCUGGUGGUUGGUCGGCCUCAUGGAUGUUGCGGGACCGCUCGGCUGCUGUCAUAUGGCCAGUGACAAGCACUUGAGGUACCUGACAAACACGGUUAGCUGCGGUGAGUAAGGGACACAGCCAUGUCUACUCACCUGCGGCGGGUGUUUGUCGAGGUGGUCCUUGGACCAGAAGACGACAGCAGAGUCGCCCUGGAACUGUGUCUUCAUAAUGUGGGGCUCAGUCUUGACCAGCGCCUCCGCCACCUGUUGUGUGUAGAUAGCGCACAUGCACAGCAGAUGCUGUCUGAGUGAGGUGUGUCGCGUGCAAGUGUGUGCGCGGGGAUGGAUGUGCUUGUGUCAGCCAGCCACCUGCCGCACGACACUGCUCGUGAGGUAAUACCUGGAGGGAGGGAGGGAGGGAGGGAAGGCAAACAACACAGCACCCGCGACUGCUCGCCUGCCCCCAUGUCUGCUUGCUGUGUGUGCUUACUUGUAUCUGGGGAGGCGUUUCUGUGCUUCCCUUUCGAGCACCACCAGUGUGGGGCCGCGGCCCAUGCGAUUCUGAUCACGAUGCGACUGAAUGAACAACCAACACACACGUGCACAGUCGCUCAUCAUCAUAUGUAGAUUGGUGCUAGAUUGAUCUGUCGACUGCCUACCUUUUCCUCAAUGAUGUUUUUGAUGGUCUCCCACACCAUGUCGCUGCGACGACGAUUGCUGGCCAUCAAGUAUAGCUGACACCACACACAUUCACAGGUGGAGGGAGACACGUGUGUGCGUGUGUGGUUCACUCACCAUGCCUACUACUGACCCCACGAUGGUCCCGCCGAAGGUAAGAUAACCGAUAAAAUGCCAAAACCUGACACACGGUUGCACAGGCCGUAUGGCGGACGGCACGGCAUACACUUCGUAUGUGUGUCGCGUCGGUCACCGUACCAGCAGGAUAGUCGUCGUUUGGCGGUGGCCGCCCUGUACUUGAUGAGCUCGGGGGUCUCCCACAGCCCGUUGUCCUUCCGAACCAUGCCAUACCGGGACACUGAUCGACCGACAACGAGCACCAAAACCACGCCAAAGACGACCAGGCGGGCAGAAAUGGCUGGUUGCUGCAUUCAUUCUGCCGUGUCUUACUGACAUUUGGUGUAUGCCUGGUCGCUUCUAUCGAGGAGGAAAUCGUCGAGGGCCACACGCACGCACGUCGAUGGGUCGCCCCAGCUAGAGGCACAGUGAGCCUCCACGAAUGCCUGAAGAGAGGAAGGCGACCGACAACAGAUACAGCCUCGAUGGAUGCACCCGAUGCAUGAGACUGUUCGAUUAUCGACGGUGGUGCGUCAAUCACUCAUUCAUUCACCUUGGCUUCCUUGAGGUUCAUUUCGCCCUCCUGCGUGAUACCGCACAGGCGGUCCCCCUCGCGAUAUGCUAACGCAUCACCCAACGCCUGACAACAAACACACAUACGAACGCAUGACAGUCGGCCCCUGACAGAGGUGCCUGAGUGCACUGGAGUGCACUCACUUGCAGGCCUGUGUGAGCCUUCGAUGCAGCCACACGGUCAGCCACACACUGACGGCCCAACUGAACGACAGACAGACGGCCGCCUGCUGCCCUCAUUCUUUGCACCUGCCCUCCCUUGUCGUGCUUCGUAUACGGCAUUCACCUGCAGGUACUUGGGGUCACACGUAAGCUUGCCGUCGGCACAGGUGCCGUGAGGCGGGCAUGGUACGCAGCCCGACACAUCUGCACUCAAUGCAUUCCACUCAAUGCAUUCCAAGUGGAUGGACAGUAGUGGUGCCAAUAUUAAUGUGGAUAUCUCCCCCUCCCGUGUGUGUGUGUGUGUGUUGCCGCUCACUGUUCUGUCCGUUUGUGUUGCAGAAGGUAAUGCUCUGCGCCCAGUAAAUAACGGGUAUCAGCAGGGCCAUCACACACACCACCCCACCCGCAAACCAACCACGCCUGACCACAUAUGUACAUACGCACGGGAGUCCAUGCAUGCGUCCGUCCAUGAGCCAACAAAGGACCGAUGGAUGGGCACCUGAUCCGACAUCCGCUCGGCCACCUAUGUGUCUUAUGCAUCGCUUCCUUACUUGUGUUGGUCCUGCACCCUGUCUGUUCGUGCCACGGCCACGGCAGGCGGUGCUGCAGUGGUCGUGGCGCUCCCUCGUGGCCCGUGUGUUUGGUGACGGUGAGCUGAAGCACGUCGACAAGACGGACUGCCCCCGCGAUGACUGGCGGCCGCGGGACGGGAGCUGACACAGGCCAUUGGAACACAUGAGUCAAUGGAUAAUGAUCGGCCGACAUGGACCAACAAUGGAUACAAACGGCAGUGCCCGCCUACCGUGGCAGGGGAGGCGGCUCGACCACAGGGAAGUCGACCUCACCUGCAACAGACGCACACACGCACACAAACAUACCCACACAUACACGCACACACACACACACACAACACGUGUGCCGACGGACAUGUGCCCCCCGGUCCCCCCCUUGGUUAUCUACAUCUGUGUGUCCCUCGGUCACUUGUGCUCACUCACGUCCAUCUGGUGUGAGGGUCUUUCUGGCCCCCUUGAGUUUCUUCCUGGGUGGCCGGCCCAUCGAGUCCUUUCCCUCGCCGAGCUCCAGCCCAAGGCCCCCCGAGACCUCAUCCCCGCCACCAUUCGCACGCCCCUGCCGCCCUGCUGACGACAUGGCGGCCCGACCAGGCCUUGCUGGGGGGCCCUCCUCUUCUUCUUCCACCUCGUGGUACUCGUCCUCGUCUUCAUCAUCCUCCUCCUCCUCGUGGUAGUCGUUAUCAUCUGUGGUACGGUGCUUGAAUUCAUCAGGGGCAGGGGUCGGCGGACGCCACUUCCUCCGGCGGCGGCCGUGGCCAGCACCAGGGGGAGGAGUGCCACACACCGACCCUCCCGCUGCUGCUGCGGCGGGUGGGUGGGCAGCUUCAUCCCCCUCAUCGAGGUCCUGGUCCUCCUCCGCGUCGGCACCGCGUUGGGAUUGCAGCGAGCUGGGCGCGAAUGCCACCUCCUUUGGGGAUGCCGACCUGGCGGUGGGACGCUUCACUCGACCCUGAAAGAACCAAGACCACAGCAAUAAAGAAAGGAACAGUCACUCACUCACUCAUUCACGCACACGUGUGGGCAUGCGUCCAUCUGCCCCACCGCAGCAGCUGUGCGCCUCUCUCUCGGCUUUGACGGUGUCCCUCCCUCAUCUUUGACGGCGUCUGUCCGUUUCCGCCCCUCCGAAGGUGCCUUUCGCUUUCUGCGACGGAGGGCCUUGUCGUCGUCAUCCUCAUCCUCAUCUUCACCGACCUCGUCAUCCGCUGAUCCUGACACAUAGAUGCAUUAGACCAACACCAGGUCUGACUUGCGAAUGCAUUCAUUCCAUCAUGCAGUCACCUCACCCACCAUGUGCGUGGGCGAAGCCAAGCGAUGAUACGCGGCCUCUCCGUUUGGCCGUUGCGUGCGAGGCUCCUGUGGCCGCCUGUGCUGCGGCAGGUGAGUGCCUUGGGGCCGCUGUCUGCCUCCUUUGCCGGGACAGCGCCGCGGCAGCAGCGGGCUGGCUCCCGGAGGGCCGCUUGCCGAAGCUGGCCUCACAUAAGGCUAUCAGUUUGCCCUUCCGAGGUGCAUCUGGCAGGUCGAUGUCAUGGGCGGUGAGGAGCGACUUGAGUUGCUGCACAGUCAGAUCCGCAUAGUCAACAAUGGCAUCAAGCGGUGGCGCAGACAUCGAUUCUUG